AUUUGCUUUUGUAGUUGGCGCCACUUGCCGAUAUUUUAGUUUUGAGCAAUUUAAUAUAUUUUUGCGCCAGUUUCAACCGUGAAUUUAAGUUAAAUCAUAAUUAAAUAUUAAAGAAGUAGCGCAUAAAUAUACUUCAGCCAGAAAAUAAUAAUAAAAAGAAACAAUUUAACUUAAUUGUAUGUGGGAAAGAAUUGGUGCAAACCGAAAAGAGCAAUAACGGCACUUUGUACUUGUCUACAUUCCAAUAGACAUUGUUGUUGGAAUUUAUCAUGUUUCGCAGCGGCAAUAGCCUGGAAAACAGUGUACCGAUGGACAAUAUGUCACCUUUUCAUGGUAUUGGCGGUCUCAAUAUGUACUUGGACACGGCGUCGCAAAACAUCUCGCCACCUGUUUCAUCGGCCACUCUGAGUCCUCCUACGACCCCAUUGACACCGGAACCUACGAUGUCCUCGACUCAGUUUCCCCUGCUGACGGACAACAACCAAGUAAAUAUGAACGCCUCUGCGGCCGGUACACUGUUCCUGCAGCGCCAGUACCAAUAUCAUCUGCUGCUGCAACAGCAGCAGCAGCAGCUGGCUUUGGCGAAGCAUCAGCUGGCUUUAGCUGCGUCUGCGGCCGCUGCGAAUCACCAGCAAAAGGAUGAGAUAGCGCAUUCAUUGAAAAUGUUUGCCCUGCUCACGUCCUGCAAUACAGAUAAUAACAAUGGUUCUACCCAAGAUGCAAUGCAGGAGUUUGCAUCCAAUGGAUACGUGAGCGAUGAGUUCAAUUGCUUUCAGUACAACAAUCAAAGUUCUGUCACACCGCAGUCGUCUUCUCUGCCACGACAAUAUGCAGCUGGUAACUCGACGGCUGCGGCAUCCUAUGGGUCGCCCUCAGUAGCUGCUGCACAUUGGCUUAAUUACAACAAUUACCGCGAGCAGCUGAACAAUGUGUGGCGCAGCAUGUCCUACGCUCCGAACUUGGCAACCACUACAGGCGUUGCUAUGGGCUCUCAAAAGAACGUGAAUGUUGGACUGCCAAUGCCUCCGGACCAAGUACGCAAUAUCAGCAAUGUGAACGUGGCGAGUACCAAUAAACUACAUAAGCGCUAUAAUGGCAAGACUAAAGAAUUGGUGCCCAGGCACUGUGUUUUCUGUGAAAACAACAACGAAGCGGAAGCUGUGGUCAACAGCCAUUCAGUGCGUGACUCCUACGGACGAGUGCUGUGCCCAAAGCUACGCACCUAUGUAUGCCCAAUUUGUGGUGCAUCCGGCGACUCGGCGCACACCAUCAAGUACUGUCCUAAGAAACCCAUUGUCACAAUGGAAGAUGCCAUUAAGGCGGAGUCGUUUCGUCUUGCCAAAAGCAAUUACUACAAGCAGCAAAUGAAGGUAUAAUUGUGGGAGAAACUCUGGUAGUUUUUCAUACGUGUACGUAAUCUAUAUAUAUGUAUAUAUAGCUAUAUAUAUAUAUAUAUAUGUAUCGAUAUAUAUAUACGUGAUCCACAUUGAAAUGCUCAAAGAUGAGCACCGAUAAUUUAAUGCGCCUGGCGCGUUCGAUUUUAUUAUAUUUUUUAAACACUACGGUCAGAUAGUGUGUCAUCAUUAGAAAACACGCUCAAACUUCAAACAUAUUUGUUUCAUAAAAUUCAAUAAUUA